CAUGUGACAUUGAGCUGUGUCAAUCAUGGACAAUAAUACUUGAGCAUGACUGAGCAUGAUGGGAAGGUAACCCUCGAGUAGAGACUGGGUCAGACACAUGUACACCAUUCCUCUUCAAGAUGGCGGACGACAACGGAUCAAAUGAGUCGCCAGAUCAAAUCAAGUCUCUGCGGGACGAAGGCGGCGGCAAAGAAUUCACAGAUCGCGAAGUAAAUGGAGUUAUCGAAGAGGAACCUCCAAAAGGAGGUAAUCAAUUGGUAUCGGGUAGCUCUAAGAAGAAGAAGAAAAAGAGGAAGGGAAAAAGCAAUGAAGGAAGUGAAACUGUGGUUGAGUCUCUGCCAAGUCCGGCAGUUAACCUGCAAAAUCUACGCGAGCUACAAAAGAGCUUCGAACGUUUGCGGGCUGUGGAAGCGAAAGCGCCCAAAACAACAGAAGAAGCUAUGAAGAAGAAGUAUCAGUUCUGGGACACUCAGCCGGUACCUAAACUAGGUGGGUUUUUGUAAUGCAACAACAGGUUCCAUUUGAUCCGACUUGUCUGCAGCUGAAUUUUGACUAAUAAUUCCAUGUGAUUUGUUCUUUUAUUAAUAAGACUCUGUCUUUAAGGCGCUUUUAAGAAAAAAAAACUUUCUGACUUUUGAUCAAGAAAUCGUGUGGUAUGAUUUCUUUCGAAAGUACAUUUGUACGUAUGCUAGCGCUAUUUAUCUGAAGUGUGCAUGGUUUUUUACGCACAUACCCACUUCUCUGAUUGUUUUACGCGAAGUGUCGACCCUUGAUACAGCUGCUGAUAAUAGAUCACCUCAGGUGUUUCAAUGUUUUUUCAUAAUCAGUCUCUUGUUCUAAUAUAGGUUACUACCACAAGAAAUAAACAUCAUUCUAAUAUUAUUAUCUUAAAAUAGGUAAAAGUAUUUGCAAGGGGCAAAAUAAAACAAACAAGAAGAGAAAUGAUUUCGUCAUUUUAUGUAUGUUAUGUUUAAUUGUUGCUGAAAGAAGUGUGAUUUUAGAUUUUAGAAAGAGUGUGGUAGGCAUCAAGUCUUACAAAAAUAACUUAUUUUUUAUCAUAUGAUAAUGCACAUAUUAAGAAAAAAUUUAUAGUUGGAUGAGUUCAAAGGUUGGUGUGUUAAAAGGAUUGAGAGUAUAUUUUAGAGUAUGAUUUUUCCUGUUUAACCAUGUUGUUCUUCUAGGUCUCAGCAAAGACAUAUCAAUCUUGCUUUAUUAACCCUUUAACUCCCAAGAUCUAAUUGUUAAUUCUCCCCUGUAGCUUCUACACAUUUCCUUGUAAAUUAGUUAUGAGAACUUGGUGCUAGAUCAAGUUAGCAGCUUCUAGCUGAUAAAUUUGAAUAUUCUCAUUACCUGAUUGCUGAAGAAUGUAUGGAUAUUGUAGGGAGAAGUUUUAUGUCAAUCACCUCUGGGAGUUAAAGGGUUAAAAUUCUAACUGUGAAUUGCAAACAGUUAUAUUUGGAUAAGACUUAUUAUAAGUUGCUAGAUUACAGGUUUUGUUCAGUUCUUGUCAAGUUAUCCCUUUUUUUGCAAUCACAGUUUUGUUUCUUUAAUAUUAUUGUUUUAGUAAUGUACUGGAAACUUAAAAAAUCAAUACAACUUGAAUUACUGUAAAUCCAAGUUGUUUGUUUUUCACCUUUUUUCCUCUAAGAGUGACUAGCAUCUAAUUUCUCUAUACAAUAUCACCCCCAAAUCAUAAAGUAAGGUCACAAGAAUAAAGGAAACAAUCACCAACUGAAGAAGCUCUUGAUUUUUAACCCUUAAACCCCAAAGAGUGACUAGCAUCUAAUUUCUCCUUACAAUAUCACCACUGAAUCAUGCAUUAAUGUCAAGAGAAUAUAAGAAAUAAUCACCAACCAAAGAAACUCUUGAUUAUUAGACAAAUUCUUCUUUUCAGCACAUUAAUAAAUGCACCAAGAACAGUAUAGAGAAUAUGCAUACUGAUUUUAGGAUGUAAAGGGUUAAAGAAAUUCUCCUUAUCAGCACCUUAGGAAAUGUGAAGAGAACUGUAUGGAUAAUAUACAUCCUGAGGUGUCAAGGGUUAAACAAAUAAUCAUAUUAGUACUUCUUCUUUGAUUUUAGAUGAAGAUAUCAUUGAAUGUGGAUGUAUUGAAGAGGACAAGGCUGUUGAACAACUGAGACAAGAACCUUAUACCCUCCCUCAGGGUUUUGUUUGGGAUACCUUGGAUAUCAGUGAUGCGAAAGUGGUAUGCAAUACAAAAACAUGCUCUGGUAUAUGAUUUUGAUAUAUUUACAGUCAAACUUUUUUCACACAUAACCUCUUCCAAGGAGGAAACAGUUUUCUAAGAGUGAAGCUCAGUGGAAACUGUGAGCUUCAAAGAGCAGAUAAUUGAAAGGGUGAAUGGAAGAGCAUACUAUUGCACCAAACAGAAGCACCAGGUUUAUUACCCUUCAAAUAUUAUUUGUAGCAAGAAGGACAGAAUGUUUAUCUCAAAACUUUCCUUUUGGUGCAAUUUUUUAAACAAACGAAGUUGUGUAUUCCUCUGUAACAUUAGAAAAAUGCGCUCCUUAGUUGAAAAAAAAACUUUCAAGGGAGCCUUUUCACUGCAUGUGACUCAAGGUCUAUAAAUAAGAAGGUUUUGCUUGGAGAAAUUGUCACUGGAUAUUCUUCAAAUUUAGCUCGAGCACAUUCAGUUGCAUGACUCAUUUAAACCAUUCUCACAGGCAUGGAAACAUUAAAUGAAAGAGAACUAAUAAUAACGCAAGCCUACAAUUUAUUUUAGUCUUAAACCUUUUGACCCCAAAGAGUGAGUAACAUCUAAUUUCUUCUUACAAUAUCACUACUGAAUCACACAUUAAGGUCAUGAGAUUGAAGGAAAUGAUCACCAACUUAAGAAGCUCUUGAUUGUUAAACAAAUUCUCCUUGUCAGCACCUUAGGAAAUGAAUAGGGAACAGUAUAGAGAAUAUGCAUACUUGUGUAUGGCUGUUAAGAGUUAAGUGUGUCAUUUGUUUGACAACUGACAAUUUUUUAUAGAAAAAGAAUUCCUGUAUUUUACAUUUCUCCUGAUAUGUGUCUCCUUUUUUUGUUGCAGCUCAAAGAGCUUUAUACCUUACUGAAUGAAAACUAUGUGGAAGAUGAUGACAACAUGUUCAGAUUUGACUAUUCUCCAGAUUUCCUUUUGUGGUUUGUAUAAUUUCCCAUAAUUAAAAUUUUACAAGAUGAGAAGUAAGACUUUCUACCAUUGCUAAGUACUAGUAAUUUAUGCUGAAUAUCUAAAGCUGAAAAAUCCAGUAGAAUAAUAAUUUCUUUUUUUCCAAGGUUACAUUCAUUCAUGUUGAGUUAUGUUUGUAUUUCAGGGCCCUUAAACCUCCUGGUUGGAAAAUGCCAUGGCACUGUGGUGUGCGUGUAGCAGGCAACAAUAAGCUUGUGGGUUUUAUUAGUGCCAUACCUGCACAAAUUAGGGUUUAUGAACAGUAAGUUAAUUUUGAAGCUAUUAUAACCUUUUAUUAUAAAAACUGUGGUGCUUUUAUAAGGAUUUCCAGCCCUGAGUAAAGCUGUAACUGUACAUGUAUAAAAUUAUGUUAACUAUUUACGUGUUUGAUAUCACCCAUCAGCUUCUGACACAUUACUUGCCUUUUGCACCACUCUGUCAGGUGGAUGAAUAAUUGACAAAGUGUUCACCAUUCUUAAUGCAUCCUUUUGUGAAAAUUUUCUCAGAUUAUGGCUGCUAAUUGCACUGAAAGAUUUAUAUUGCUCACAGACAGCAACAUGAACAAUUUUCUAGAAGUGGAAAAAAACCAGAACAUGAAAAGGAAAACCAAAAGUAAUAUUAAAAAACUUUCAUUUCUUUUAUUUACAAAGUUUACUUUUCUUGUCAGUAAGGCCCUAUAGUGUUUAUAUAAUAAACAAUUGAAAAUGAUACUUGAUUGGUUCUAGAUAAAGAAUUUCCCUUUUCAUGUUCAACUUGAUGUCUCAAUCCUUUACGGGGCUCACUUGUGAGAUAUCAAGUCAAAAACUCAAAGAGAAAUUCCAUAUCUUCACAUGCCCUUUUGUUAAUCUUUAUGUAAUCUGGGCAAAGCACUCUUAUUUUCAAGCUAAGGCAAGUCAGUUUUGGAAACAUCUGAACAAACUUCUUGACUGCUCUAAAUGGUACACAUGUAAAUCUGGGUGGGGUUCAAAGCUGGGAUAAGAUAACCCAGGGUUAGUAUGAAAUCUGAUUUCAGACCUAAAGGCUUUAACAAAAAAUUCAGUACAACUCUUUUUGUCUAGGAUUUGAUGAUUUGAUGUUCUAAAAAGAGUAGAGAAAAUUAUCCCAAAAAGGCUUUUGAACAAAGCGAUAAGGAAACCCUGUUUAAAUUUAACUCUGGGUUGAUGCUGUUUCACAUGAUGUGCAUCAGUUCUUUCAAGCAAACAUAGGUUUUAUCCAAUUUUCACAAGUAUAUGUCACAGAGUCCUUCAUAAUAAUUUUAAUCUUGUAUCUUAUAUUAAUCUCAUAUUUAUCUCAUAUAAUCUGAUGACCUACCACCUACAAUCUGCAACUUAGAAAAGAAUAUUGUGGUCUUAAAGUUAAAAUGCCAACAAUUUUGUAGCUUAUUGGUAAGCAAGGCUAGAUUCAAAGUCCUUAGUUUUUACAAGCAUCAUGCAUAUUGCUAGGAUUGAGAAUCUCUAAAACUACUGUGUGCCUUGAAAUAAAUAAACUUGAGAGUAGAUUCUUGGCUUGAUCAUCUCAUAUAAAGAGUUGCCAUACAGUUUUCAUGAAUGUCUGGAAAAGAAAUAAUCUGAUUCCCUAUUAACACCUAAACCUUUGGAUCAAUUCUACUCUAGUUGAGAGAAAUCUCAUGAUUCGCCGUAUAAAAUUGGCCAUACUGAUCUGUUUUGCCUUACUGUGUGACCUGUGAAAUUUGGAUACUUUUCGGUCAUCUCUCCUCGUUUUUGCUCUCUCCAGGAUUGUCUCUAUGGUUGAAAUUAACUUCCUGUGUGUUCAUAAGAAGCUCCGAUCCAAACGAGUUGCCCCAGUUUUGAUAAGAGAGAUCACAAGAAGGGUGAACUUGGAGGGGAUUUUUCAAGCUGUUUAUACUGCUGGUGUAGUUCUUCCCAAACCAGUUGCUUGCUGUCGGUAAGUACUAUAGUUAUUUUCUUUGCAGAAUUGCAUUCUUCAGUCAAACCUGUGUUAAAGCAGCAUCAUAUUGAAAGGUCACAAGUCCAGGGUUUAUUCCCCUUAAUUACUGUGAUUUUACCUCAAUUAAGGGGUCACCUCUAUUAAGCAGUUGCAGUCACCCUUUACUGAGUCCCAGCAGUUUGUUUGUAUUGUCUUCCACCUGUAUUGAACAGUCACCUGUAGUGGAACCACUCAAAUAAAACUAAGAAUAAUCUCUCAAGUCACAUUUAUUCCAUGUUUAUCUCCAAAAACCAAGGUUAGUGGUACUUUUAAGGGUGAUUUUGUACAUUUAGUGGUCAGUUAUGACAUAAAAUGACAUUCAAUGUCUUUUUUUUAUAAUACCCCUUUUUUGUGACAGUCAUCCUGUAUCAGGGUUACACCCCACCUUUCCUUGCUGGUGAUGGCAGGUUUGACUGUAUUUGUAAAUUCAUCCAGCCGCACUAUUGAGUUUGAAAUAAAGCAAGGCUUCUUAAGUGCAGACUACUGUUGUACUUAGUCCAAACAUGUGUUUACAUGUAUGGAUAAACUUAAUGGUGCUGUUAUUGUUCUCAGCUACUGGCAUAGGUCCCUCAACCCUAAGAAACUGAUUGAGGUCAAGUUUUCCCAUCUCAGCCGUAACAUGACCAUGCAGAGGACUGUGAAACUUUACAGACUACCAGAAGUAAGAAAUUCAAGCCAUAAGCAUUUGUUUUGAAUUGACAUAAAUUCAGUCAUUUCAAUUGUGUUCCCCAUUUUGAUAGUGGAUCAAAAGUGAGUACAGAACCAAGGGUGAGAUUAACAAUCUCACUAUUGGCCAAGUUUUUGGUGUAUCUCUGGAAGAAUCUGUGGCUCAAGUCAAAAUUGAUUUGUAGGGAAAAGUAUGAAAAAAUAAUGCUAAUAUGUGACCCCAUGCACAUUUGAACUUUUAAAGAUUGGCUUGUUCAAAUUCCCCCUCCCCUCCCCUGGACCAAAAUUGUGAUCAAAUGCCUUACCCAAGUGCUGGAUUUGAUUGUCAACUUUUUAGUAGACAUUUUCCUCUCAGCCCUGUGCUCGUGAAAUUGGAUGCUUUAAUUUCCUUUAUACACCUCCAUAUUAAAAUAUAAAACGUGUAUAUUCCACAUGAUGGUUCAGGUUCCAAUCUUCCCACCCCACCCAGACAAGGUUCAAAUUUUCCACAACACCCAGGCAAGGUUCAAAUUCCCCACCCACCAGGUAAAUGCCUGUGGGUUACCUUGGGGGUGGGGUUGGGGAGAAUGUUGAAGAUUUGAACUGAUGGGCACAUAAGCCCACCACAAUUUGCAUGAUGCCUGAACAAUAAUAAGUCAACACUGAUGGAGGAGGGUAGAAUGAGUUGGCACAGAAUGUGAAAGUUUUUUUUUUGUUGUUGCAGAGAUGCUUAAAGCAACAUGCAAACCCUUGUUACAACUCUCAUUCGUUCUCUAAUUCACGUACAUACUAAAAGUGAGGAGAGGAAUUUGUUUCCAGUUUCUAUUGUCCAAUUUCUUCACAGGAGACAAAACUAAAGGAAAUUUGUACUCUAAAAGAGCAGGAUGUGAGCUCUGCAUAUCAAAGUACAGUGAAGGUAUGAGUUUAAGUUGUGUGACAUAGAUGGGGAGGGAUACAAAUUAUUAGUUGUGUGACACAGAUAGGAAGGGAUACGAAGUACAAGUUGUGUGACAUAGAUGAGGAGUAAAUGAAGUACAAGUUGUGUGACAUAGAUGAGGAGUAAAUGAAGUACAAGUUGUGUGACAUAGAUAGGAAGUGAUACAGAGAAUAUCCAGUGGUUCAUACACACAGUAACCUGAAUCUUGAACCAAAACUGACCUUUCGUGGAUUUUUCUCAGUCAUUUCCUGUAGUAAUUACAGAAAUUUUUACUUCACCCACAAACAGAUUUCUCUGCACAAGGUAGUUUGUCAAUAUUGUCAGUCAUCGGAUGCUUAUAAUCAAACGUAAAACUGUGACGUGGGCGUUUCACAGCAGGCAUUUUAGUAGUGAUACAAGUUUAUAAUUCUUAUUUAAUGACAUGUAGGAGCGUAAUGAGCAAUAUCCAUUGUUCAUUUGUCGUUAAAAUACUUUUUACAUCUUGAGACUUUAAAAACAACUUUCUUUGUUUGACAAUGUCACCAUCAAGGUUUGCAAUUGUCCGAUAAAAUUUGUUUGUCACGCAACUAAUUAUGCGUGAAAUAAAUUAUUUAUUGAAAUACAAUAAAACAGAGUAUUCAAACUUCCAGAAGGAUUGUUUUCUGCCUGUCAAUGUGUGUUUCUGCUGAUUUCUCUUUCUGAAAAAUGACUCCUCUAAUUACGUAUUUCAAUUUCCAUGAAUACAUGACCAUAAAUUUAUUGUGCUUACCACAAAAUAAAGUUAAUUAUAUUCUUUAUCAUUUUUCUGUUACACAGUACCUGAAGAAGUUCAGCUUAGCCCCAGAGUUCUCGGAGGUAAGGAAUACACUAUGCUCAAGUAAAUGUUUACAAUUGCAACUCUCUUUACUGAUGCUUAAUGCAUGAAUUUCCUUACACUCUGCUCGAGAAGAACUCCUCAGGGUACCAUUAUUGUGCUUAGUGUGUUCAACAGACAAGAUAAUUCUCUGGCGACUUCACAGAAUUCUCUGCUUACAUUUCGAUGGCUCGAGUUACUUUUUUAAUUAAACUUUGAAAAGAUACUUCAGUCACUUUACUCCAUUCUCCUUCUUCUACAGUUCUUAACCCUUUACACCCUAACAUCAGUGUGCAUAUUCUCCAUACUGUUCUCUAAACAUUUCGUAAGGUGCUGACAAGGAGAAUUGGUGUAGCAAUCAAGAGUUGGUGAUUAUUUUCUUUAUUCUCAUGACCUUAAUGUGUGAUUCAGGGGUGAUUUGGUAAGGAGAAAUUAGAUGUAAGUCACUCUUACGGGUUGAAGGGUUAGAUAAAAUCCUGUUUAAUGUGUUAAGGUGUAUUAAGCAAAUUUCACUUAUUUGAAAACCCCUUUCAUUCACUUACCCGUAAGACUUUUCAGUCGUUUGAACUAGUCACUCAUGUAUGCAUUUUGUUACACAGGAAGAAUUCAGACACUGGUUUACUCCUCGUGAAGGCAUCGUAGAUUCGUUUGUUGUCAAGGUACGUAUUUUGUUUAGUGCGGCGUUCAUCAAAAAACAGGUAAAUAUGGCGCAAUACUUCUUAAAAAUAAGAGAAACUGAAGCUCAAGGUGCUGCUCUUUGAUCUGAGAAAAUGCUUGAUUAUUCGCGACAGGGAAGCAAGUUGUUGAAAACAAAUUGUUCUCGCCCUACGGAGCUCGAGCAAUUUUGUACGCCUUAUAAAAAAUGUACUCGUGCUGAUUUAUCACAAAACGCACUCGAGAUGAUGUGAUUACCUACGUUAAUGGCCACUGUCCGAGUCUUGAUGGACGCAUAAGUUUCCCUGCGCUUUCAGCAAUUUGCUUGUUUUUACUUACAAGGCACCUUGGGAUAUUUCCCUUUCCUCUGAUUGGCUGUUGAAAUUGCUUUGGUUGUGGUUUUACGAAACUAGAGGUUUCAAUAACUUUUUUUCAUAAGCGGCUGCUGAUGGAGUAGUAGGCGGCUGUGUCGUAAGGCGAAUCCUUGACUCGAAAGCCGCUCUCAGGCCAAACGGACGGUAGUUGGAGGUCUUACGGGCAGCGUUAGGUCGCUUGUAACCGGCUCUUCUUGAAAUCCCUACGGCUUUCUAAGGUGCUUAAUCGUUUUACUCCCAAGAUCUCAUAAGUAAUUCUUCCCACUGUUUGCCCCACAAUUCUUAUAGCGUUAGUUAGGAGAAUUUGGUUUUGGAACAAUUAAUGAUCCCCUGAUUGACAUGUUUCUUUAUUCUUAUCACUUUUCUGUAUGAAAUUCUAUUGAUAUUGUGAGGAAACUCUAUCUUAAUCACUUUGGAAUUUAAAGGGUUUACGUCGCACUGCGUUUUACUAAACAGAGGCAAUUGUGGUCAACACCAAACUGUAAAUAUUCAUUUUGACAUCUCAGAACGAACAAGGACAAGUCACUGACAUGAUCAGCUUCUACACUUUGCCGUCCACCGUGAUGCAUCAUCCAGCGCACAAACAGCUCAAGGCUGCGUACUCUUUCUACAAUGUGCCGCAAACUGUUCCCCUUGUUGAUCUGAUGCAGGAUGCGUUGAUUCUAGCCAAGCAGGUAAUUUAAGGGGGCACUGGUGAUUGUAAAUGUGACGUGGUAGCUUCAGGUCACCAAAUUGUUACGGAAACCGCGGUGGCCUGACACACAGCGCGCUAGACUCCGGUCUGAGAAGUCUGAGCUCGAGUCCCAGCUGGGUCAGCCGGGAUAUGCCCUUGCGUAAGACACUUUGCUUUCACAAUGUCUCUCUCCGUGCAGGAGUGUAAAUGUUUACCGGCGAACUGUUAGGGACAACCGACAAAGUACUGACGGAUAACCCAUGUUGGUCUGGCGUCCCAUCCGGGGGAAGUAGCGAUACUCUUUUUUAAUUCAUGCGACAGAAAUCGAAGCUGAGCAUCAGCAUUUAAGGGCUACUUGGCCUCUAAGAGACCUUCUAGUAUUUAGUAUAAAUCUACUAGCGUCCUUUGAAAAGUGCAGCAAUCUAAUUAGCUGCGUUACUUCCGAUCUAUCUUCCUUACUAGAUAGUGAGUACAAAGAGAAGCUUAAUAGGGUGCAGUGGGAAACGAAAUAACAUAAAAACAUGAACCCGUCUUGUUGAGUUUGGACUUCUGGUCGAUUUAUUAUGAUAAUAGAACCGAGUGGAGUCUAAUUCGGUCUGUAAUCAUGCGAGUGACAAACAACAUUGGACGGCCGCGAUUUGUCAAUCGCGUGUAAGACUACAGACAGAAUUGGACAACGCGAAGUCCUCUUACCAAUUAAUCAAAACUAUGACAAGAUCUGAGAAAGAAACUUGACAUCGGUUAUACUUUUUCAUAAAAAAAAACAAACAAACAACCGUUAACUCGGAAAUGCGAGACAACAGCACGCGCACAUGACGCGUUCUGUCCACUUACGCGGGCAUGACGUUUUAACUGUCCCUUUCAUUGUCCUAGUACACUGUCCAAUUACAAGCAUGACGCGUACACUGUCCUAUUAGUGCACAAAUCGGGCUGGUGAUGACGAAUCACGUUCGAAAAUUUUGUUAUAGUAUUGAUUAAUGCAGAAACGGCUAGAUAAUGAGCUCGAGAUUUGUAAGCUUGGUAGUUCAUUCGGCCUUCAUCUUCAUCAUUUAUCACUCGAUAGAGAUUUCGAGCGCAUGAUGUAAUUGUUGAAUAUAGAACUCGAAAAUGCCAGAGAAUUUAAUCAAGUAAAAUGCAUCAUUUUGAUAGGACUCAUGUACAGGGGGGAAAUUGGAACCUUAUUUUUCAUCUGAGAAAUUCUAUUUUCUUUAGGAGAAAACAGUUGGGAUGUAGUCCAUGGCUCAGUUGUUUAAAGAGCAAAUAACGCUGUCCGAUGGACAGAUCGAUAUAUAUCGGAUAAGAGUGAACAAAACUUAUGACGCUUUAUCUAAUGGGUAGCGUUAUCCACCCUACGAACCCCCGGAGCCAGGAAAUUUCGAAAACUAAUGUACGAGUAAUUUUUUUAUUUCCAGCGCGAGUUUGAUGUGUUUAAUGCUCUGGACCUUAUGGAGAACAAAGAAUUCCUGGAAAAGCUCAAGUUUGGUAUCGGUGAUGGUAACCUACAAUAUUAUCUGUACAACUGGAAAUGUCCGUACAUGGAGCCCACUAAGGUC